UAUAUAUAUAUAUAUAUAUAUAUGAUCCUUCCGCUUCCAUAUUGUUCUUAGAUUCUCGUUCUUCUUUUGAACAAGUAGUUGGAAUGGCCGUUCCAGAUGCGGCAGUGAGUUUCCUGCUGGAAAAUGUGACCCAGUUGCUGGUCUACAACGUUAACCUGAUCGGCAACGUCAAGGAAAACGUUGAAGAUCUGAGAAAGAGUCUCAAGCUGCUUCAGGGAUCGAUGAAUGAUCUGAUCAAGCUGGAUACCCAAUCCAAAGCCGUGAAGGAAACGGUGCAGAGUAUUAAGGAAUUGAUUUGGCGAGCUGAGGAUGCUAUCGACAGUUACCGAGUUCAGGCUGCGAUCCAGAAGAAAAGGCCUGUGGUGGAGAAGCUUUUUUUCGGCAUAGCCCAUUACCCGGCGGUUCUCAGGGAACUGGCAAAGGGCGUUGAAGACAUUGGCAAAGAAAUUGACAAGAUCAACCAAUUCACUUUGCCCAAUGUCUGUAAUCAACUCCAGAUCGCCGCCAUGGUCAACCUUAGUAAACCACCCGCUGAAGCCGCUCCUAAGGAGGGACCCAUUGUUGAGGAAGAGCAUGUGAUUGGUUUUGAUGGGGCAGCCCAAACAGUGGAAGACAUGCUGAUCAAAGGACCAGAACACCUGGAAGUUAUUUCAAUAGUUGGGAUGCUGGGAUUGGGGAAGACAACCCUAGCAAAAAUGGUUUACAAGGAUUCUGAUGUUGAUUACGCGUUCAUGGCUCGGGCAUUCGUUUAUCUUUCCAAAGAUUAUGACAAAAGAGAAGUACUGCUCAAAAUUUUAGCCGAUGUCACCAAAUCAGCACCUAGUGAAGAAGUUACCAGAAUGAACCUGGAGCAGCUAGAAAGUCAUCUCAAACAACUACUGGAUGGAAGAACUUAUUUGGUGGUGUUGGAUGACGUUUGGGAGCAACAACAUUGGGACAGCCUGCUAAAUGUUUUCCCGAAAAACAAUAGGCGAUGCAGAGUUCUCAUCACUACCCGUAAUGUAGAUGUGGCCAAGUAUGCAAAUCCAUCUCUCAAUUCGCUUUAUAAGUUGGAUUUCUUGAGUGAUGAAAAUUGUCAAGAGUUGCUCAGAUGGAGAGUGUUUCGCCAAAAUGAUUGCCCCUCAGAGUUAGUAAACUAUGAGAAAAUCAUUGUUGCCAAGUGUGCAGGUUUGCCGUUGGCUGUGGUGGUCAUCGCAGGUAUUCUUUUGAAUCACUCCACCGUAAUUGAUUGGUGGAGGCAUGUGGCCGAUAGUGUUAAAGAUUACAUAGCUAGGGAUGCCGCCAAAACUGCCGAGGUGAUACACUUGAUGUAUCACCAUUUACCUAACUAUUUAAAGACAUGUUUUCUAUACCUCGGUGUCUUUCGUGAAGAUUUUGAAAUACAGGUGUGGAAACUAGUGCGCAUGUGGAUUUCAGAAGGGUUCAUACAAAACCAAGACAAAUUCAACUUAGAGGUCAUGGCAGAGCAAUACUUGGAAGAACUUGUUCAUAGGAAUUUAGUGAUGGUGGGGAAGCGAAGGGCGAAUGGCAAAAUUAAAACUUGCCGUAUGCAUGAUACGUUGCGCGAGUUUUGCAAGAAACAAGCCGCAGAAGAAAACCUUUUCGGGGAAAUCAAGGCUGACAACUUGUCAUCAUCCCCUUCAUCUGAAAACCAAGCUGUGGGAGAUUAUCGGCGCCUUUGCAUCAACAACGUCAGCCUUUCCACAUACCUUGCUGGAGCUCCAUCAGGUAAAUCUGUCCGUUCACUUUUAGCUUGUCCUAAAGAUGAAACAACUAUGGAUGCGAAACUUGUUUCAAACAUCACGAAGGCUUUCAACCUUCUUAGGAUAUUGGAAACUGAAGCAGUGGUCAUUAUCCCCCGUCUGCCGGCUGACUUUUGUAGUCUUGUUCUUCUACAAUACGUAGCCAUAUCCCUCGUAGACGGAUUCAUUCCUCCAGUAUUUUCUAACUUGUUGAAUUUGCAGACCCUCAUAGUAAAUACUAAAUCCAAUGCCCUUGAAAUCAAAGCAAAUAUCUGGGAUCUACCACAGUUUAGACAUUUACAUACCAAUGCUUCAACCAGUAUUAGUACCAAAAACCAGACAAAAGGAAAGGAAGCUGCUCAGCCAAAUAAAAAUGUCCAAACAUUAUGCAGCAUUUCACCUGGAAUGUGCACAAAAGAAGUUUUCAAGAAGACUCCCAACCUCAAGAAAUUGGGAGUGCGUGGGUCAAUAACCUCGCUCUUGGAGGUCAAUGACGACUCAAAUUUAUUUGCACACCUUUACAAAUUAGAGUCGCUUGAGAACUUGAAGUUGCUGAAUGGUGACACUGAGUCUAAGGUCUACCGUCUGCCUCCGAAGGACAAAUUCCCCCCACAGUUAACACAGCUCACUCUGUUGAAUACCCUGCUGAACUGGAGAGCUAUAUCUUUACUAGGAGAGCUAGAGAAUCUUGAGGUUCUUAAGCUGAAAGAAAACGCGUGCGAAGGAGAAAUUUGGAACCUCGGACAGGAGGUUUUUGCCAGGCUGAAACACUUGCACAUUGGACGCACUGAUUUGAUGGUGUGGACGGCUUCAGCAGACAAUUUUCCCAACCUGAAGAGCCUUGAACUCGAUGGCUGCAGUAUUCUUCGGGGCAUUCCGAAUGAACUUGCAGAUAUCACUAGCCUCCAAUCAGUGGCCCUUAACUGCACCAACAAUCAGGUGGCUGCCUCUGCAAGGAGACUUCAGCUGUUGAAGGUAGAGCGUGCUAAAAAGGCCAAGAUCUUCGGCAACUUUAAGGUCUCUGUUUAUCCUCCUGAUUUCUGAGGACUCCAACCAAUCCAGGAUUAUGCAGAUCCUUCUUUCUUUGGCUGGUUAGUGAUGUGCUUGUUAUCUUGUUCCAGUGUGUAUAUAGCGUACAUAUAUGAUCUUCUUUCUUCCUCUGUCCUUAACUAAAUAUCUAUACUGAACUUUUUGGUUCUUUCUGUUUCCCUUUUUAGAUGCCCAUUUUUCUGGUGAAGAAGGAUGAUUGAGAAGCAAUUAAUAAGAUCGAUGGCGAGCUUGUGAAGAUGAUGAUGAUGAAUGAGACACCAUCCUGUGUUGUGUUUGUUUCUGUGUGUUCGUAUUCUGUUUUUUCCCUUUUCAAAGUACUAAUAAUGAGGAAACAGACCUGUGUGGUUUACUUCCUUGCUUUCAUUUUCCUGAUUCUGCAUUUUCUUACUUCCACUUUUGUCUUUUUGUUGUUUUGGUUUUGUAUUCUGGCUUUGAUUUUAGAACUUAGCAAUUUGCAGUUCUUUGGUCAUGGUCCAAUUAUUGAGGCGGCUGUUCAAUGUAUUUCAGAAUCUCUAUUAAAUUGAAGACCUUUGUGGAGAU